AUGGCUUCUGCAACGUUUGCAAACGUUUCCAGCCGACCAGUUGCUUGGACCCUUAGUCAGCCGAGCUCAGCGCUGCCAGUCAAGGCUGUCGUUGAUUCCACCACUUUCACCUCAACUGAGUCCAACUCUACCGGGUUUCAGAAGCUGUCUAGCUCUUUCACCGACAAAGAUGGACUCUCUAGCGUGGACUCGACUCUCCUCCAAAACGCUGGCAUGAUUCGCUCCAUCGUCAAGAUCGAAUCGCGCUUCGAAAAUACAAAGACUGGCCAUUCCAUUUGGAAGAUCGGCACAGGCUGGCUCAUCCGUCCCGACCUCAUCGUCACCGACGGUGAUGUUGUGUACGAUGCCGAGUACCAGCUGGGCGCCGCCACCCAGGUCAAGUGUUUCAUCGGCUACCAUGCCAGUAGCUCCUCGGAGAUCCAACCCCGUUAUGGCCAACGUGUCGUGACUUCCUCCGAGUCGAUUGAUGGCUCGGAGAAGCGCUCGCGAGACAUUGCCUUUAUCCGAGUCGCCGAGCCCUUUGCGAUCAAGGGCUGCACUUGCAAGGUGCUUGAACAAGUCAGCCUUCCAGAGCUUGAGGUUGUCCCAAAGGCCCCUGUCCAAGAGCCUGUCGUGUCCGAGUCCAAAGAGAAUGCCACCACGACAACAGAAUACUACACGAGCUCCAGUGGUGUUUGCGGCGGGACUGAUGUCACUGUUCCUCAAGUUGAGCAGCCCAAGCCCCAGCCCGAGGUCAUCCAACCCCAGGAGCCAGAGCUCAAGAUCCCGUCUGUGCCCGUUCAUUCGAAGACAGAUGUCGAUGAUUUCGUCAACGUGACCUCGGUGGAGGCGAACAACCCGACCUCCCUGGUCGCUGACACGACCACAGAUCCAUUCUAUGAGGUUCUCAAGACUGUAGCUCAGAUUGAUGCAAAGACUCUCGAUAUUGAGUCUCCUCUUGUUGACGAAAUCGGUCAGUUUCUCAGUGCCAGCGCCGGACCUUUGCUCCGCUAUGUGGUGGGUGCUGAGCCGAUCUCUACUGGCGAGAAAACAAGGCUUCCCGGUGUCUCAGAGAGAGCCCUGCUUUCCGAGGCAUCUCUACAGGGUGUCUUGGCAGAUGAGGAGUUAUCGGAGUUGGACGAGAUCCUCGAGCACAUGCGACGGACCUGGUCCGCUAAUGCACCUGCUUGA